CCGAGUCCGGUGGGUUUGGGAACCUGUGGCCCGGCUCUCCACGCGUCCCCGUCCCCUCUGUGGCCCCGGCCCCGGCCAUGAAGCGCAUCUUCUCCUGCUCCAGUUCACAAGUGGCGGUGGAGAGAUGGAACCGUCGUGAUCAGAAACUGCUGGAGGCGGUACAGAGAGGGGAUGUGGGACGCGUGGCUGCCCUGGCCUCCAAGAAGUCUGCCCGACCCACCAAGCUAAACUCAAACGGCCAGUCCCCGUUUCAUCUGGCAGCCUCCAAAGGACUGACAGAGUGUCUGACUAUACUUCUUGCAAAUGGGGCUAACAUCAACAGCAAGAACGAGGAUGGAAGCACUGCCCUGCAUUUGGCCACCAUCUCUUGCCAGCCACAGUGUGUCAAGGUCCUGCUUCGGCAUGGUGCUAAUGAAGAUGCUGUGGAUGCAGAAAACCGUAGUCCCUUACACUGGGCAGCCUCCUCUGGCUGUGCCUCAAGUGUGCUUCUGCUGUGUGACCAUGAAGCCUUCCUGGAUGUGUUGGAUAAUGAUGGACGUACACCCCUGAUGAUUGCAUCACUGGGUGGUCACGCAGCCAUCUGCUCGCAGCUGCUACAGAGAGGUGCCCGAGUUAAUGUCACAGACAAGGAUGACAAAUCUGCUCUGAUCCUGGCCUGUGAGAAGGGCAGUGCUGAGGUGGCUGAACUGCUCCUGAGCCAUGGAGCAGAUGCAGGGGCAGUGGACAGAACGGGGCAUGAUGCUCUGCAUUAUGCUCUGCACACUCAGGACAAGGCACUGUGGGGGCUGCUGCGGCAGGCCUGGCAGCGGCGCCAGCAGGGAGGUCAGGGGCUGGUUCUACACCCAGAUCUUGCCUCCCAGGCCUCUCCAUCUGAGACCCAGGUGGGUUCUCCACCUAAGAGCUCAUGGAGAGCAGAGUCUGAGGAGGAACAGGAGGAAGAGGAGGAUGAAGACCCGUGCUUAGAAGAAUGGAUAUGGAAAUAUGAAGAGGAGCGGAGGAAAGUUUCUCAGUUGGAGCAGGAGCUGGUGAGAAAGACAGAAGAGUGUAAGGCUCAAGAAGCAGCCUACUUGGGCCUGGAGAACCAGAUUAGAGAGCAGGUGCAGGAGUUAGGUUUCCUCUCCCAAGAGCUUGGAGUUUCAGGAGGACAGAGCGCUACUCUCUGGCCCGGGGAUGGUAUGGAGCAGGGCCGUCCCCUGGACUUGCUGRCUGAGUGUAUACAAGAGUUAAAGCAGCAGCAGGCAGCAGCCACAGCAAACCCAUUAGCUCCCAAAAGGAUUCAAGAGUCAACCCCAGAAGAGAUCCAGAAUGAAGUCCGUGGAAGGUCUCAACCAGAACAGGGGUCAGCCCAGAGCCCAAUGUCUGAGGUCAUUGGGAAAGCCACAGGACAGCAACUGACCACCAGUCAGGGACAGAUCCUUGGCCCUGAUCACACUAACCAGCUGUGUGCUGGCCAGAGAGAGAGACUCCAGGCCCCAGGCGUUGAACCAGUGGGUACUGCAGCCAUGAACCAACUCCUGCUCCAACUAAGGGAGGAGCUCGCUGCAGUGUGGCGAGAAAAGGACGCAGCCCGAGGGGCUUUGUCAAGGCCCAUUCUGGAGGGAGCCCUGGGAACUCCCCGCGCUGAGGCUGCAGCAGCUGCUUGGGAGAAAAUGGAGGCGCGGCUGGAGAGGGUGCUGGUCAGGCUGGACCGAGCCAAGGCGGGACUAGAGGUGAGACCUGAGGCCCCUGCCCAGGAGGACAGAACGGGUGUCCCCAAGGCAGACCCAGCGUGCAUCACAGAGCACCCCGAGGAGACGAAGGCUCCCGGGGCCGGCAGAGAGCCUCUGGGGGACUCUGGAGGAGAGCAGGCCCCAGGAGGCGGCCUGGCAAAGGCGCAGCUGGAGAAGGAGGUGUCGGCCCUGAGACUGAGCAACAGCAGCCUGCUGGAGGAGCUGGGGGAGCUGGGACGCGAGCGGCAGCGCCUGCAGGGCGAGCUGCAGUCCCUGAGUCAGCGGCUGCAGCGGGAGUUUGUACCUAAGCCCGAGGCGCAGGUCCAGCUGCAGCAGUUGCGGCGGAGUGUAGGGCUGCUGAUGGAUGAACUGGCCAUGGAGAAGGAGGCCACGGAGAAGCUGCGCAAGCACCUGGCCUCCCAGAGAAGCGGCCUCCGGGGUCUGUGGGACUGCCUGCCCCCGGACCUGGUGGGCAAGGGGAGUGCCCGGAGCAGAGCCUCGGAGCCCCUGGAGGAGCUGCAGGUCUGCGUCGGCACCCUGGCGGAGAGGCACCGCCAGGCCCAGCACAAGCUGGCUCGGCUGGAGGCAGAAAACCAGCAGUUGCGGGGAUCCCUGACCCCCAGUAGAGAGCUGGGCGCCCUCUCCCAGGUCCCCGUAUCCCCCCAAGUGGCCGCUCUGGAGCAGGAUUUGGGGAAGUUGGAGGAGGAACUAAGGGCGGUUCAGGCCACGAUGAGCGGGAAGAGCCAGGAGAUAGGGAAGCUGAAGCAGCUGCUGUACCAAGCCACGGAGGAGGUGGCUGAGCUGCGGGCCCGGGAGGCGGCCAGCCUGAGGCAGCACGAGAAGACUCGGGGUUCGCUGGUGGCCCAGGCCCAGGCUUGGGGCCAGGAGCUGAAGGCUGUCCUGGAGAAGUAUAACACAGCCUGCCGCGAGAUGGGUCGCCUGCGCGAGGCCUCGGCGGAGGAACGUCGCCGGAGCCAGGACCUGGCGGCCCGGGCCUCUGAGCAGGAGGGCCAGGCCAGCGAGGCGCGCGCGCGUGCAGAGCAGCUGGAGGAAACAGUUGAGCAGCUGAAAGAGAAGGUGGAGCAUCUCACUGGGGCUUGCCGGGACAAGGAGGCCAAGAUCAAGGAGUUGUUGAAGAAGUUGGAGCAGCGUUCAGAGGAGGUUCUUGCAGUUCGGGGUGAAAAUACUCGCCUUGUCUUACAGUUGCAGGAUUCCCAGAAAAACCAUGAAGAGGUCAUCUCCACCUACAGGAAUCAUCUGCUGAAUGCUGCUCGGGGCUACAUGGAACAGGAUGUGUACACUAUCCUACUUCGAAUCAUCAGCAUACAGGAGGAGUGAGGCAGCCUUGUUAUGUGCCCUCAGAGAGAAUGGGAUUUCUUUGUUGGAAUAAGAGCAUCCUUGGUUUACAGAGA